AUGACUUCAAGUCCAACAGCAGCUCCGUUACUUAAUGCACAGAAUAUUGUCGAUUUGAGCUUCACAACUUCUUCAACUCCAGUUCGUGAUGGCAUCAAUUUGUUUGUUAAGACCUGGCAUGUUCCUGAAGGAACCCCUCGUAAAAGUGUCAUCAUUUAUAACCACGGGUUUGCAGAAAAUACCGAGCUGUACAACGAGUUUCUGCCCCAUUUGGCGUUUGCAGGUCACGAGGUGGUUGUGUAUGACCAGCGCGGGGCAGGCCAAACAUCGCCAGGCAAACUCUAUGCGCUGACCAAUGAAGAUUAUGUUUUUUCAGACUUGGAUACAUUGAUUGAGUCUGUGACUAAAGACUACAAGGGCCCAUUGUUUUUGUCAGGACAUUCUAUGGGUGGCAGUAUCACGCUUAACUACGCCAUUAAGGGCAAACACCGGGACCUAAUUACAGGGUACUGGGCUAUUGCACCAAUGAUUGUGCUGCACCCCAAGUCACAGCCCAACGUUUUUCAGCGGCUGAUGUUACGUGUGGGGUCUGCAGUUGCGCCUAAUUUCCGUGACCGGGCACCGUUGGCGAUUGAUUACAUUACACACGACGAACGAUGGAAGAAGCGGUUUUCAAGCGAUGAAGCGACGCGAGUUGUAUGUUCAGCUGGACAGAUGAGUGACGCCAUUAAACGCGGGACCCGGUUGACGGACCCUGAUUAUGUGGCAAAGUUUGUUGCGGGUAAGCCGGUGGCGAUUUUCCAUUCGACAACAGACUAUAUUAAUGACUUUGCUGGGUCGGUGACCUUUUUCGAUUUGCUUCCUAAGAGUGUGCCGUACAAGAAGCUUUACCGGUACACGGAUAUGGCUCACUCUCUGCCUCAUGAGACGCCGGACCGUUCAGCACAGGUUUUCCAUGACAUUUUGGAGUAUGUGGAUGGUGUUGUGGAUGGGUCAGUUGGAGAUAAUUGA